GUCCGUGGAUCCUUUUGGUUAGCCAAAACUGUUCUCUGUAGCACCCAUUUUUUCUUUUACUGUCGGUACUUCUGGACAAAUAAAUUAACUGUAAAAACAGUCGCGGAAAAAGUUCUAAGUCCUUCCCUCCCUCCUCAUUUCGAUCUGAUCGAAUUUGGGGGCACACGGAGAAGAUCUUCUGCUUCUUCAUCAUCGGAAAUUUCUAGGGAAGAGGGAGAGAAAGUUAAUGUAUUUCUUCUUCUUUGGUUCUUCUUCUUCCUCACUGAUCUGCUCAACUUCUUCCACUACAACUGACUCCCUCUCCCUUUAAAAGUCCUUUUCUGGGUCAAAAUCCGAUCAUCAUCAUCUUCACUCAUUGGGUACAAGUCUCUGAUAUGGUAUGUGUAAAGUGGGAAAUUCAAGUGUGCUCUGCGCUCUGUCAUUAAUUUAAGUUUUGAUGGAAUAAGGCGUUAUUUAUUGCGCAAAAGUAUUGGCUUGAAAUGACGUUCAUCAGAAACGCGGAGAAGUUUUCAUCUGCUGAUAGUCGUAUGUCCGGUGCGGUUUCUGCAAGUGGACCAUCUAUAUCAUCUGGAGCAUCAUCACGAGUAGGUACUAGUCAUGGUCAUUUCUAUUCGACUCCAAGACAGAAGAAUAAUAUGCGUGUAUCAGCGUCUCUUCAAGACUUCUCUAGCUAUCGUAAGCCUGAUACAGAAGAUCUUCUUAUAGGCAUUGACUAUGCGAAAAGUGCAACUCAUACAGAUGAAGAGACUCAUCCUUUGCAGAGAGAAAAUGGUACUUCAAGUUUUUCAAAGAACAAAACCUUUCCUGGUAUCCCAUUUAUGAGAAAGAAAAUGGUGCGAGCAACCAUGGCUGUUCUAGGCCUAGUUUUUUUCUUUUUCCUGAUUCUAUUGGGUGGAAGAUUUCUUAGCAAUUUUUGGUUUCAGAAAGCCUCACAGUUUUAUGUGGUACUUGAUUGUGGAAGCACUGGGACACGGGUUUAUGUAUAUGAAUCAUCUGUUGAUCACCAGCAAGGUGGAAGUCUUCCCAUUGUCUUGGAAUCGUUACCCGAAGGUCUACAAAGUAAAUCUAGUUCAUCGAGCGGGCGUGCUUACCGUAGAAUGGAGACUGAACCUGGGCUUGAUAAGCUAGUAUACAAUGCAUCGGGUUUGAAUGAAGCUAUAAGCCCACUUCUUCUGUGGGCAGAGAAGCAAAUACCGAAGCAUGCACAUAAGAGUACUUCUGUCUUCCUCUAUGCCACUGGUGGAGUUCGCAGGCUACCCAAAUCCGAUUCAGAAUGGCUUCUAGAUAAUGCAUGGUCCAUACUGAGGAAUUCAUCAUUCUUGUGUCAUAGAGACUGGGUUAAGAUAAUCACUGGAACAGAGGAAGCUUAUUAUGGAUGGAUAGCUCUUAAUUAUCAUAUGGGCAUGCUUGGGUCAAUACCUCCAAAAGAAACAUUUGGUGCACUUGAUAUGGGGGGUUCUUCUUUACAAGUUACUUUUGAGACGAAGGAACUUGUGCACGAGGAGACUAGUUUAAACUUAAGUAUUGGAGCUGUUAAUCAUCACCUUACUGCUUAUUCUCUUUCAAGCUAUGGUCUGAAUGAUGCUUUUGAUAAAUCGGUUGUUUAUCUGCUGAGGAAGCUCCCUGGAAUUAGUGGUAUGGAUCUCAACAAAGGAAAUAUUGAACUCAAGCACCCAUGUCUGCAGUCCGGUUACAGAGAGAAAUAUGUAUGUUCCCACUGUUCCUCAUUGAAUGGAGAAGGUGGGAGUCCUGUAAUUGGCGAAGGUAAUAUGGGUAAAGGUGGGAAACGUGGAAUAGAUAUCGAGCUGAUUGGUGGUCCAAAUUGGGAAGAAUGUAGUGCACUUGCAAAACGCACCGUGAAUUCGUCUGAAUGGUCGGGAGUGAAACCAGGAGUUGAUUGUGAGCUGCAACCCUGUGCUCUUAGAGAUGGUUUGCCUCAUCCACAUGGGCAAUUUUACGCCAUUUCUGGUUUCUUUGUGGUAUUCCGGUUUUUCAACUUGACCUCAAAACCGACACUGGAUAAUGUAUUAGAGAAGGGCAAGGAGUAUUGUGAAGAAGUAUGGGAAGUUGCAAAGAACAGUGUCCCUCCACAACCUUUCAUAGAACAGUAUUGCUUUAGAGCACCCUACAUCGUGUCAUUGUUGAGAGAGGGCCUGCAUAUACUGGAUGACCAAGUGAUUGUUGGUUCUGGUAGUAUUACAUGGACACUCGGGGUUGCUCUGUUGAAUGCAGGAGGAUCAUUAUCAGCUACAAUGGAGCAUCACAGUUACAUUAUAUUCCAGACGAAGAUAGAGCCAAUUGUUCUUUAUGGAGCAUUGUCCAUAUCACUGAUACUUAUAUUUUGCUUCUUGUCAUAUAUUUGGAAUUGGAUGCCGAGAUUUUUGCGUAGACCUUAUUUACCACUUUCUAGACAUAACAGCUCAACGGCUAUUCCAUCUCCUUUCCAUUUGAAGCACUGGAGUCCUAUCAAUUCGGGAUCAAAGACACCACUGAGCCCUACAGUUAUCGGUUCUAGACAGAGACCGUUCAGCACAGGGGGACUAGGUGAAAGUGAUAUCCUGCUCUCCAUGGGUUCUUUCUUACACCCAUCACGCGUACCACAUAGUUAUUCUUCUGGUAGCUUGAAACAGAUGCAAUUUGAAAAUAAUGGUGCAGGUUCCUUUUGGAGCCCUCAUAGAGGUCAGAUGCAGCUCCAGAGCAGGAGAUCACAAUCCAGAGAAGACCUUAUUUCUUCCUUGGGUGAAGCACAGAUGGGUAUUGACAGGAUGGUCUAAUAUGGUGCCAAUUUCUUCCCUCACAUUACAUGGAGUCACGGACACGGUUUCCCUUACCAAUUCAAAUGACAUCACCUGUCAAGUCCUACUCCAGUUCCAUGCUUAACAUUACAGUCCACAAGGCUAAGUACUACUAACCCUCAUUUAGUAUUAGAAUAUUAUAGGCGAAAACAGAGAGAAUAGAACAAUUCUUUUUCCAGUUAUCAGCAGUAGUGAAGCUCUAGAAUCUAGAUGCACCUUUCAAACAUAAGUUCGAUGGUGCUUCAUCCAUUCUUUGGUAAACCAAGAUCACAUUAUUGCUGCAGAUCAUGUAGCAUAACACCCAGUCAUACAGCACAGAAUUUUUUACAGGGGAUUAAUCUGAGGUUGCUGUAGCCUAGUCAUACACACAAUCAAUUGCAGUGGAGAAACCUCCCCACUGCAAAGUUGGCUAUCUUCAUGGGAUCAAAUUUAAGAGCAUCAACAGGCACUCCUUGAUUAUUAUUUUUCCUGUAAACAUUAUUCUAUUCCUUUGUUGUAAUACAUAUGAAAAGGUGAUUUAGAUUUUUUGAAUUUGGGAAGUUUUGUGAAAUUUUGAAUGUAUCUUCUCUGACAAGUAUUGAAGAAUGGAUUUAGCACUGAUUGUACAUUUGCUUUGUUAAUGUCUCCCUCUGACAUUGUUGUGUCUGCUUUGGGUGGUUCAAAUUUUCUCGAGACACCCACCAUAGGGACUGUAUCAGGCAGGGAGUUAAUAUUGUAUUUUCUAUAAAAAAAAAGA